AUGGCUCUUAUGUUUACAGUACAUAUUUUAUUCCUAGCGUUAGCGAUGUUUGCUCUCUCCACUUUUGAAGAAUCUGUAAGCAAUUACUCUGACUGGGUGACUUUCACAGAAAAUGUGGAUCAAUAUGAGAAACAGAAACUGCAAGAUUUCAGUGCCAACCAGAAGCUGAAAAAAGCCGUUCUUCAUCCAAGCUUAUAUUUUGAUGCUGAAGAUAUCCAAGCACUGAGGCAAAAGUCUCGUACAAGCCAUUUACAUCUGUUCAGAGCUAUCAGAGGUGCAGUGACAGUUAUGCUGUCCAACCCAUCAUACUACCUACCUCCACCCAAGCAUGCUGAUUUUGCUGCAAAGUGGAAUGAGAUUUAUGGUAACAAUCUGCCUCCCUUAGCUUUUUAUUGUUUGCUAUGCCCGGAAGAUAAAGCUGCCUUUGAUUUUGUUCUAGAAUACAUGGACAGAAUGGCUGGCUACAAAGACUGGCUGGUUGAGAAUGCUCAUGGAGAUGAAGUGCCACUUGGCCACUCCUUAACAGGUUUUGCCACUGCUUUUGACUUCUUAUAUAGCUCACUGGAUAACAUCAGAAGACAAAAAUAUCUAAAGAAGAUAUGGGUUGUGAGUGAGGAAAUGUACGAAUAUUCAAAAGUCCGCUCAUGGGGAAAGCAACUUCUCCAUAACCACCAAGCCACUAAUAUGCUAGCACUGCUCACAGGCGCCCUGGUUACUGGGGUGGACAAAAAAUCUCAGACAAAUAUUUGGAAACAUGCUGUAGUUGAUGUGAUGGAAAAAACCAUGUUUCUGCUCAAUCACAUCGUAGAUGGUUCUUUGGACGAAGGAGUAGCUUACGGCAGUUACACAGCUAAGUCAGUAACCCAAUAUGUUUUCCUGGCCCAGCGUCAUUUUGGUAUUAAUAACCUAGAAAACAAUUGGCUGAAAAUGCACUUUUGGUUUUAUUAUGCCACACUGUUACCAGGCUAUCAGAGGACUGUGGGCAUAGCAGAUUCUAAUUAUAACUGGUUUUAUGGCCCUGAAAGCCAGCUGGUUUUCCUGGAUAAGUUUGUAAUGAAGAAUGGAGCUGGCAAUUGGCUGGCACAACAGAUUAGAAAGCACAGGCCCAAGGAUGGCCCGAUGGUGCCAUCCACCGCACAAAGGUGGAGCACACUUCACACUGAAUACAUCUGGUAUGCUGCAGAACUAACUCCUCAACCUCCCCAUGACUAUGGCACUGCUAAGAUGCAUGUGUUUCCUAACUGGGGGGUUGUUACUUAUGGGGCUGGGUUGCCAAAUACUCAAACCAAUACCUUUGUGUCUUUUAAAUCUGGAAAGCUUGGUGGCCGUGCAGUCUAUGACAUAGUUCACUUUCAGCCAUAUUCCUGGAUUGAUGGAUGGAGGAGUUUCAAUCCAGGGCAUGAACAUCCAGAUCAGAACUCCUUUACUUUUGCCCCCAAUGGACAGGUUUUUGUAUCCGAGGCCCUAUAUGGACCCAAGUUCAGCCACUUGAAUAAUGUACUGGUGUUUGCUCCAUCUCCUACAAGUCAGUGUAAUCAACCUUGGGAGGGACAACUUGGGGAGUGUGCACAGUGGCUUAAGUGGAUUGGUGAUGAGGUUGGAGACUCAGCUGGAGAGAUUAUAACAGCCUCUCAGUAUGGGGAGAUGAUGUUUGUGAGUGGUGAGGCAGCAUCUGCCUACUCUUCUGCAAUGAAACUGAAAAGCGUGUAUCGUACUUUGCUACUCCUAAAUGCUCAGACAUUGCUAGUAGUAGACCAUAUUGAGAAGGAGAAAGACUCUCCCCUCAGCUCUGUCAGUGCCUUCUUUCAUAAUCUUGACAUUGAUUUUAAAUAUAUACCCUAUAAGUUUAUGAACAAAUAUAGUGGAGCCAUGAUGGAUGUGUGGGAUGCUCACUAUAAGAUGUUUUGGUUUGAUCAUCAUGGGAGUAGUCCUGUUGCCAGGAUACAAGAGGCAGAGCAAGCAGCAGAGUUCAAAAAGCGGUGGACUCAGUUCAUAAAUGUUACCUUUCCUAUGAAAACCACUGUUACAAGAAUCGCAUAUGUGUUCUAUGGACCGUAUGUUAAUGUUUCUAACUGCAGGUUCAUAGACGAUUCCAAAUAUGGAUUUCAAAUUUUUCUAAAUGUCAACAACACUGAAAAUAUUGUCUCCAUUGUGACUGAAUAUGACAGUAUGAGGACAAGGUUCAAUUAUUUGGGAUUUGGUGGCUUUGCCAAGGUAGCUGAUCAAAACAAAGUUAUCAAAUUUGGUCUAGGCACUGAAGCUGUACGAGAACAGAUAACAAAUAAUAGAACAGUUUUCCCAUUUGGAUUCAAAGUGAAUAUAAUAGCAGGAUUAGUUUUGGGCAUUAGUUUGGUUAUACUGGCUUUUCAGUGGCGGUUUUACAUUUCCUUCAGCAAAUUGUUGCGCUGGAUACUAAUACUGGUUAUCACACUGUGGUUUAUUGAACUGUUGGAUGUAUGGAGCACUUGCACUCAGCCUAUCUGUGCAAAAUGGAGCAGUGAUAUCAUAAAUGUAGACCCCGAUACAGGCAAUACAGCCAAACAGUUAAAAGAAAACCCUGUUGUUUUGCCAGAUGUGGUAAUUACCUCACUUCCCAGUUCUGGAGCAGACAUUUUAAAGCAACUUUUUUUUAACAGCAGUGAUUUCAUAUACAUCAGGAUCCCUACAACUUACCUUGAUAUUCCUGAAACUGAAUUUGAAAUUGACCCAUUUGUAGAUGCAUGUGAAUGGAAGGCUUCUGAUAUCCAAAGUGGCCGUUUCCGUCUACUCCGAGGCUGGCUCCAAUCCCUAGUCCAAGACACAAAACUGCAUUUACAAAAUAUUCAUUUACAUGAAGCCAGCAGAAGUAAAUUAGCUCAGCAUUCUACCAUAAGUAAGGACAAAAAGAAAAGAUCCAGAAAGAGAGAGUCUUUGUCAGAACAAAGAAGUAGAACAAGAGGAAAAUUAGACAAAGAUGCUGAAUACGUUAGGGAACUGAGGAGACACCUUGCCUAUUAUCCAAAUGCACGUCCUGUGCUUAGUUUAAAUAGUGGGAGCUGGACAUUAAAGCUUCCUUUCUUUCAAGAAAUCAUAGGUCCCUCAAUGAGGGCAUUGUAUGUAGUAAGGGAUCCUCGGGCAUGGAUCUACUCAAUGUUGUAUAAAAGUAAGCCAAGCCUUUACUCCUUGAAAAAUGUUCCACAGCACUUAGCUAUGCUGUUUAAAAUGGAAGGCGGGAAAGAAAAGUGUGGUUUAAAUUCAGGCUAUGCCUUUGAAUAUGAAUCACUGAGGGAAGAACUCUUGGAUUCUAGGUCAAAUGCAGUUUCCGUGCUGUCCCAUUUGUGGCUAGCAAACACAGCAGCAGCGCUGCGAGUAAAUGGGGAUCUGCUGCAGACAAAUUAUCAGCUGGUCAAGUUUGAAGAUAUUGUGAGCUCUCCUCAGAAGACAGCUGAAGCAAUUUAUGCUUUCCUUGGUAUUCCUCUGUCUCCUGCUAGCUUAAACCAAAUAUUGUUUGCCACCUCCACCAAUCUUUUCUACCUUCCUUAUGAAGGUGAAAUAUCACCAACUAGUAUUCAUGCCUGGGAACAAAAUAUGCCUAUUGAGGAAAUUAGACUGAUUGAGGACAUCUGCUGUACCUUGAUGGACCACUUAGGAUAUCCAAAGUUUACAGUUCAAAUGCUGCAGGUCAGCAGUAGUUUGCACUAA